CACAAAAACAUUGCCACUGCAGGUCUGGACUGAAGCAGCUAUUGAUAGAAUCAAGAGGGGUCAUGAAGUCAACUCCACUGACAGGGACAGAAUAUUCUGACUACAAGAACCACACCACAAGUCAGACUACAGAUUCAUCAUCUUGCGAUGUGACAUGUAUUUUCUAUGCAGUAGCAAAUGUGAUUGUCUUCAUCUUGGGUGUUGCUGGAAAUGGUUUGGUGAUCUGGAUUGCAGGAUUUAAGGUGAAGAAGUCGGUUGUCAGCAUCUGGUACCUGAGUCUGGCCAUGUCUGACUUCAUAUUCUGCUCCUUCCUGCCCUUCAGUGUUGUCUAUAUGGUCAAAAAUGAGUGGCUCUUUGGACGGUUCAUGUGCAAGUUCACUUCCUUCAUCAUGUGGCUCAACAUGUUUAGCAGCAUCUUCCUCCUCGUCAUCAUCAGCGUGGACCGUUGUGUAACCGUUAUGUUUCCUGUGUGGGCUCAGAACAAACGUACUGUGAGAAAGGCCUUUGUUAUAGUCAUGUUAGCUUGGAUCACUGCAGCAGCAUUUAGUACACCAUCACCUGUUGUGCGAGACAUUCACAUUGGGCAGAAAACAAUUUGUCAGUAUAAUUACGAAAGUAUGGAAACGUACCAAGCUGAUGUAGCGUGCCGAUUCAUUUUUGGAUUUGUGAUCCCCUUCCUGGUCAUUAUCAUCUGUUAUGUUGUCAUCAUUCAAAAGCUGAGGUCCAACCAUAUGACGAAGUCUAAAAAGCCCUUAAAGAUCAUGACAGUGCUGAUCAUUACUUUCUUGAUCUGCUGGUUGCCAUAUUACACCAUUGCUUGGAUGAUAAUAUUCAUGCCAUUGACUCGUCCAUUGUACAAUGCAUUUGUAUUUUCUCUCUUUCUUUCCAAUGUGAACAGCUGUCUGAACCCAUUUCUUUAUGCAUUCAUGGGGAAGGAUUUUAAGAAGCAAUGUUAUGCACUUCUGUCAAAGAUUGAGAAUGCAGUCAAGGAAGAUGGCCUGUACACCAUUCAACGGACAGCUACUACCACCUCUGGGGAAAGCAAACAUUCAACUAGUGUUUAAAGUGUUCACUGAGUAUGAAAAAACGAGACCCUUUAACUGAUACACCAAAAUAUGUUCACUUCAGUUAAUUCUUUGAUUCUUGAAGAAGGGCUUAAUUAAAAACCUUUUGUCAUCUUUAAAUAAAAAAAAACAUGACAGCUGCUGCCUUGCUAUGCAUAAGAAUGAAAGUUUUGCAGAUUACUGCUUCAUGCAAAUGAGUUUCAACAUAUUGAAAAUUAUUGAUUCUACGCAGCCCUCUUGACAGUGGAGAUUUUAAAAGAAAGAUAUUUAAUAAUAUAAUGUUUACAUGGUUUGAAUGGGAAUCAAAAUUGAAUUUGUACAGAGCUCUGAACACUUUGACAUACUUUUUAAUCCUCCAGUUGACUGGAGGCCAUUGCAGAACCCAUCCACAUUGUAUGCAAUUGGAGCCAGUUAAAACACCUAGCAACUUAUUAUUGACAUAAUGGAUGUGCAUUCAGGCAGCCAACACUGUAUAGAUACCCAGUUUCAAUGCUAUUACUGAAUAAACAUAGCUCUGAAAUUGGAAUGACCCGUGAUCUGUAUAGCGUAAUGUAUAAAGGGAAACAAGUUGGUAAAAUAUGCAGGAGAAAUAGUUGUGUUUCUUUCAUUGCUUACAACAAUGGUCUUUUUACUUUCUGCAUGUAUCAAAUUUUAUAUAUAUAUAUAUAUAUACUAUCAUGUAUACUUGAUUAAAAAAAAACACUGCUAAUACUCUGAAAACACUGAGAAGUUAUUAUAUGUAUAGACACACACAGUAGGAAAUGAAACCAUUUUAAAACCGCAUUUUAAAUAUACCUUUUUAAAGAUACAAAAAUCCUCCCAAAGAAACAAUUUUUCAUUUGAGUUCAGUUUCAGGAUUCACUGAAGAACUGCAGUAUACAAAAUAAAUAGAUGUUACAUCCAUGCCAUACAAGCCCCAAAAUUAAGCAUUUAAGCUAAGGGCUGUACAACAUUAAAUUCAAGGGGGAAAAAGUAAAUAUACACUAUUGUUAGCUUAGAACUACCAUGACAAAAAUCCUUUAGAGAUUGAAUCCUGAAUCCAGCUGACUUGUGACUUUUCCUAAAAUACCUGUGAGGACAUCAAAAUAAACACAAAGUCACAAAAGCUGAAAGCCUAGAAAUUUGCAGCCAAGGCUGCAUUGGAUAGUUUAAUGGAAGUAGAAAAUUUUUUCUUGUGUUAUGGCAAGGACAUUAACCAUUUUUCAGGCUAUGCUGGAGUGCAUGUAAACAGGACUGCAAAUGAACUAGUCUUUUAAACAGCCCUUGUCAAUGUCUUAGUUUGGCCCAAUUUCUUAGACUAAUGAAAAAUGUUGUUUUAUUCAGUAAUAAAUGUUACUGUUCUCACACUGGUUUCUUUUACCCCAAUGUGUAAUAUAAAUCUAAUUGACACUGCUGUACUGUAAGUACAGAUGAAGAGGCAAUAUAGAGAAAACCAUUUUUAAGCUUUUGACAGUAGCAAAGUAGCCAUGUCCUGACCAAUUUGUUUUAAAGCUGGAUAAAAUAUGUUUUUUAUUUGUAUUAUGUCCAGAUCCAUGCUGCAUAUACAUUUACAGCUAGGAUAUCUAAUCAAUCUGUUGAAUGAGAAGAGAAAUGCUUGACUUCUACUACUUGUAUGUCUACUUGGAUUACAAUACAUAUAAUAAAAACACUUUAAUUUA